AUGGCCUGGAGCCCCGUCCUCCUUGAGCUCCUCACUGCACAGGUGGGGACAGGCCCCAGUGCCGUGCUGACCCAGCCACUCCCCACCCCUGCAUCUCCAGGAACAACGGCCAGUCUCACCUGCACCCUGAGCAGGGACAUCAGUGUUGGCGGCUCUAACAUCUACUGGAUCCAGCAGCAGCCAGGGAGCCCUCCCCGGGAUCUGCUGUACUACUCCUCAGACUCCGAUAAGCACGAGGUCCUCGGGGUCCCCGGUCCCUUCUCGGGCUCCAAAGACGCCUCGGCCAAUGCGGGGCUUCUGCGCAUCUCGGGGCUGCAGGCCGAGGCCGAGGCGGACUGUCACUGGGCUACAGCUCACGGCAGUCCGCCGAGACGGACUCUCACACCGAGUGCACCGCCCCUCACAGCGUCUCAGAGAAGGAGGAAGUGA